UGUUUAACGUGAAGUUGUGUACGCGGAAGAAACCGAAUUGGCUCUACCAAAAAUAGUUUAUAAUUCCGGACGCCAGGAUCCCACGCAGCAGACACUUACCGCGCGGCCAGCCAGCCAGUUGCUCCGAUCCGGUCCCAGUGCUAAUCGCGGAGUCAGUCAAUAAACCGAUACAAAAACAACAACACGAGUGUGCGCGGUAGAGCAGCAAUAACAAUAGGCAGUGUUUUCGCACUUAACAAUUUGUUAGUUAAACACCGUAGAAAAGAAAACCAAAUUCCGCGAAAGUGCCGCGACUAGAGUGGGAUUAUAUAAAUGAAUAAAUCGCGAACCCAAUAAUGUGGAUUUGUCUGCAAAGAGUGGAGCACACGAGAAGAACUAGCACGCACAGUUCGACGCACUGGAUUUGUGAAUAGAAAACCAGUUGUUGUUGCCCACGACCUCUCCAACUGGAAGAAGAGACCCAACUCCGUUCGCCGCCUGAUUAGCAUUUCGUUUGUGGACUAAGGCGCGUGUCAUCCGUACGCCGCCAGGUAAACCCCGCCGCCACCCGAUCCCUCACAGAAAAGCAAGCCAGCCAAGAUUGGCCAGAUCUGGACGGGACUCGGACGUGCCGCAACCAUGAUUGGACGUUUAUUUCGCGCCCACGGCGAAUUCUGCGCCUCCCAUCCCUGGGAGGUCAUUGUGGCCCUGCUUACCAUCACUGCCUGCAUGCUGACGGUGGACAAGAACAAUACACUGGAUGCCACUAGCGGUCUGGGCACAGCCACUGCCUCGGCGGCCACAACUGGAGCGGCUCCAGGAGCACCCAUACCGCCACCGGCAGUGGGAGGUUCGGCCACUUCCAGUCGGCAUCGUCCCUGCCACGGAUGGAGUCAGUCCUGCGAUGGCCUGGAGGCGGAAUACAACGCCGCCGAUGUCAUCCUGAUGACCAUUGUGCGCUGCACCGCCGUGCUCUACUGCUACUACCAGUUCUGUAGCCUCCACCGAAUGGGCUCCAAAUAUGUGCUAGGCAUCGCCGGUCUCUUCACAGUCUUCUCCAGCUUCAUCUUUACGACGGCCAUCAUCAAGUUCCUGGGCAGCGAUAUCUCUGACCUGAAGGACGCCCUGUUCUUCCUCCUGCUGGUCAUUGACCUGUCCAACUCCGGCCGACUGGCCCAACUGGCUCUCUCGGGUAGCAACCAGGCGGAGGUGACUCAGAACAUUGCCCGCGGUCUGGAGCUUUUGGGACCGGCCAUUUCCCUGGACACCAUUGUCGAGGUGCUGCUAGUGGGCGUGGGUACGCUGUCGGGUGUGCAGCGCCUGGAGGUGCUUUGCAUGUUCGCCGUGCUCUCAGUGCUAGUUAACUACGUGGUCUUCAUGACCUUCUACCCAGCCUGCCUCUCGCUGAUCUUUGACCUGUCACGGUCCGGCGUUGACAUGUCCGUUGUACGAGAGAAGGCCAAGGGUUCGCUGUUGCUCAAGUCGCUCACCGAGGAGGAGCAGAAGGCCAAUCCAGUGUUGCAGCGCGUCAAGCUCAUUAUGACCACCGGCCUGAUGGCCGUGCAUAUCUACAGCCGGGUGGCCUUCUCCGGGAGUGACUACGACACCGUGGACAAGACGCUUUCGCCAACACUUAGCCUGAAUGUGAGCAACAAUCGCACGGAGUCGGCCGAAAUCACAGACAUAAUCAUUAAAUGGCUGACAAUGAGCGCCGAUCAUAUAGUGAUCUCCAUUGUUCUCAUAGCCUUGGUGGUCAAGUUCAUUUGCUUUGACAAUCGCGAUCCCCUGCCAGAGCAGCUGCGUCAAUCCGGGCCAGUGGCCAUUGCCGCCAAGGCCUCUCAGACCACACCCAUCGAGGAAGAGACUAAGGAUGAGCAAAACAAACCGUCAGAGAUUAGUGUGGCUCCAGCUGUACGAACGCCACUCUUUACCAUUGAAGAGCAGAGCUCGGCCAAUGCUUCCACUCAAACGGAGCUUCUGCCUCUGCGUCAGCGACUUGUCCAGCCCAUUAGACCGGCACGACCACUGCAGGAAUGCCUGGAUAUCCUGAACUCCACUGAGGACGGAAAUGGACCCGCUGCCCUGAGUGAUGAGGAGAUCGUGGCCAUUGUCCAUGCCGGUGGCACUCACUGUCCAUUGUACAAGAUCGAGUCUGUGCUAGACGAUCCGGAGAGGGGAGUUCGAAUCCGACGGCAAAUCAUUGCCGGACGUGCCAAGAUGCCAGCGGGACGUCUGGAUGUGUUGCCCUAUGAGCACUUCGACUAUCGCAGGGUCCUUAAUGCCUGCUGCGAGAAUGUGCUUGGCUAUGUGCCCAUUCCUGUGGGAUAUGCCGGACCUCUGCUGCUGGACGGUGAGACUUACUAUGUGCCGAUGGCCACCACAGAGGGUGCCCUGGUGGCCUCUACGAAUCGUGGAUGCAAGGCUCUCUCUGUUCGCGGAGUUCGAUCCGUGGUGGAGGACGUGGGUAUGACCCGAGCACCGUGCGUGCGAUUCCCCAGCGUUGCCCGUGCAGCCGAGGCGAAAUCAUGGAUCGAGAAUGAGGUCAACUAUCAGGUGGUGAAGACGGAAUUCGAUUCCACGUCACGGUUUGGCAGACUGAAAGACUGCCACAUCGCCAUGGAUGGACCACAGCUGUACAUCCGUUUUGUGGCCAUUACCGGCGAUGCUAUGGGCAUGAAUAUGGUCUCCAAGGGCGCCGAGAUGGCAUUGCGUCGCAUUAAGCGCCAGUUUCCCGACAUGCAGAUCAUCUCGCUUAGCGGGAACUUCUGCUGCGACAAGAAACCAGCGGCCAUCAAUUGGAUCAAGGGACGUGGCAAGCGGGUAGUCACCGAGUGCACCAUCUCGGCAGCCACACUACGCUCCGUGCUCAAGACGGAUGCCAAGACUCUGGUGGAGUGCAACAAACUAAAGAACAUGGGUGGCAGUGCCAUGGCCGGCAGCAUUGGGGGCAACAAUGCUCAUGCAGCUAAUAUGGUAACCGCUGUGUUCCUGGCAACCGGGCAGGAUCCCGCCCAGAAUGUCACCUCUAGUAACUGCUCCACAGCCAUGGAGUGUUGGGUGGAGAACAGCGAGGACCUGUAUAUGACCUGCACAAUGCCCUCGCUGGAGGUGGGCACUGUUGGCGGUGGCACGGGUCUGCCCGGUCAGAGCGCCUGCCUGGAGAUGCUGGGAGUGCGCGGAGCACAUGCCACAAGGCCAGGAGACAAUGCCAAGAAGCUGGCACAGAUCGUCUGUGCCACGGUUAUGGCUGGUGAACUGAGCCUUAUGGCGGCGCUGGUUAACAGCGAUCUAGUCAAGAGUCACAUGCGGCACAAUCGCUCCUCCAUUGCCGUGAGCAGCGCCAAUAAUCCCCUCAACGUGACCGUCUCCAGCUGCAGCACCAUCAGCUAAGAUUGGGCGCUGCAGGGGCGCCGCCUUCUUCCCUUUUGUACAUAGACACUAUCCGGAGAGGCCAGGCUGGCGAGAUGCAACUCAUGUCUUUAGGUGUUACCUUGUAGUUGAAUAUGUUUCAUAAAUUGCUUGAUAAAUAACCUGAUGAUUGGCCAGGCCAAGGAACCGA